UCCUAAGUUUUUAUCCUUUGUGGACUUCACAGGCACCGAGAAUAAUUGAGGCAGCGGCAUGGCGUCGUCGGCGACGACGUCGCAGCCGCCGCGCGUGUGCGUGACCGGAGGCGGCGGCUACGUCGCCUCGUGGCUCGUGAAGCUCCUCCUCUCCCGCGGCUACGCCGUGCACGCCACCGUCCGCGACCCAAGUGGUCCCAAGAACGCCCACCUGCGGCGGCUGGAGGGGGCCCCGGAGAGACUGCUCCUGUUCAAGGCCGACGUGCUCGACCGCGCCGCGCUGGCGGCCGCGGUCGCCGGGUGCCAGGGGGUCUUCCACGUCGCCUCCCCUGUGCCCGCGGACAAGGUCCUCGACCCUGAGUCAGAGGUAUUGGCUCCUGCCGUCAAAGGCACUCUGAGUGUUCUUCAGGCUUGCUCAGCGAAUGAUGUUCAGAAAGUUGUUGUGGUUUCAUCCACUGCUGCUGUUUAUUUCAAUCCGAGUUGGCCCCAAGGUAGAAUGAAAGAUGAGAGUUGCUGGUCAGACAGAAAUUUAUGCAUGAAGAACGAGGACUGGUACAGUGCUGCCAAGACAAUUGCUGAAACGACAGCAUUGGAGUACAGAGAGAAGAAUGGACUAACUGUUGUUACAGUUUGCCCUUGUAUCGUUUUAGGUCCACUCCUGCAGCCGGUAGUCAAUGCUACGAGUGAAUUCCUCAUCUACAUUAUAAAAGGAGGGCCUAGCGUGAUGAAAAACGUGCCAUGGAACAUAGUUGAUGUCCGUGAUGUGGCUGAUGCUCUGCUUCUGGUAUAUGAGAAAGUGGAAUCAUCUGGGAGAUACAUCUGCGCACCAGAUUGGAUCACCACAAAAGGCAUGGUGAACUUGUUGAAGAAGGCCUACCCUAACUACAAUUAUGUAAACUGGUGAAUCUCUACCAUAUAUGCAUGUGGUGACAGAAAUUUAAAUGGCUAGCUAUGAUUUACAAGGUUUACAUGUAUUUGCUGCAGUGACAGUGAUAUGGACCCUAACUCUAUAGUGACACCGCUUGUGUCGCAAAUGAAUCUAGGCUGGAGACCAAGGAAAAUGGAGGAAACAUUGUUGGAUAGUAUUGAGUACUAUGAGAAGGCAGGGCUUGUGCAGGAUGUAGAGGGCUCCCCCUGCCGUCUUCCUCAUCUGUUUCAUUUUGCUUCAGACAAAUGAAGCAAACUGGCAGUACAUCUGCUAGACUACUACUUUUAUCUUGUUAUUAAGCUCAGAACGUUAUUGAUAACUAUAUCUUAUUGCACAAUAUUAUUUUUUCUAGAAUAUGUAGGAAAAAUGCAUGUCCUUGUGCUUAUAGAAUCCGAAACUGCGUUUGGACUGUCUGCUUUUGUCCUCUCUGCUGAGCUUGUUUUUCAGAUGCAGGCUACUUCAAUCUCCACAGCGAUUGAAUCAGGUAACAACAAGCUUUCGUAUUGUUGGGGACCGCCCCCACAACACACCCUGAACGGCGCUGGCGGGGACUCUCUUUCUCUUAACCGACCCUAACCUCAUCGCCUCCCCCUUUACGAAGCUAAGAAAUGACUGAAGUUAGUCCAUUUUGUUGUUCUGCAAGCAAGGACUCGCGAAGUUAAACCCCCCGUGGAGCUCUCAGCAUUUCGGCUUCGGAAAAACUUCGUGACCAGAAGCCGAAGUUAGCUGACUUCAACCAAAGAAGGUGGGAAGUCUACAGAAGGUUGCUCGGUCUCAACGAAGCUUAUGAAUAAGGAAGAAGACAGUCAAGACGGCCCUGGAACCGCUUAAUAGCAAGACGACUCCGUAAUAAGAAUCUAGUACGAGGUUGGAUAUGUAAUUUUACCGUGAAAGCGACGUUUUGAAUAGGUACCAAGUUACUGUCUUGUACGGAAUAUUCUUAGGAUGUAGUGGUUGAGUAUGGGUAUAACGGGGAUGCGAAAAUGUAACUUUAUGACUCUAUAAAGGGAGACGAAUUGUCCUCCCGGGAGGGCAUUAAUCA